AUGAGUCUUCUUCAGGCUUUACCAGGAUCAGACCCAUCAAGUAUCCCCCUCGCCGGCAAUCCAAAUGGAGACCCUCCUAACUUCGAAGGAGGGGCUACACUUCAGUGGGUAGUCCUGGCGACGGGAUUCGUGUUUAUACCAAUUAGCACGAUUCUAAUCAUUAUACGUCUGGGAAUGUCGCUUAAACACAGCAGAAAGCUGCAUCUUGACGACUUUUUAUGUGUACUAGGAGAAGCCUUUGGAAUCGCCUACUGGGUUAUACUAUAUAAGUUUCAAGCGAAGACAGGGCUGUUUAAACACACAUGGGACGUACCCGUCAGCGCCAUCACCUUUCGAGUCUUCGAACUUCAUUUCGCCGGUGAGAUCCUGAACAUGAUCGCACACGCCUUCGUGAAACUUUCCAUCCCGGCGUUUUUUAUUCGGGUAUUCGGUUCUCUAAAAUGGCUUCGCCACACCUCCUAUGUGCUCAUAGUAGCUGUCGUUAUUUUCUCCAUUUCCCCUCUCAUAUCCAUGUUGGUUGUUUGCCUGCCGAUUCCUAACGAGCACUGGAAUGCUGCCUUCGUCGCUACGUGUGCCACAUCUGCUGGACCUCAGACCAUCACCUUAGGCGUAUUUGCGGUAAUAUUCGACAUAACUGUGGUCAUAAUACCAAUCUGUAUCACCUCCAGGCUUAUUAUCGACCGAGAUAAGAAGAGGAACUUGAUAAUUGUAUUCCUCAUUGGUUUUCUCGUGGUUGCUACUAGCGUUACCGGACUGGCGUAUAGAAUCAUCGUACGAUACGGUGAUGACCCCUUAUGGAACGAUGGAAAUAUCGCGAUCACAUCAUAUACGGAGAUUUUCGGCACAGCUAUCGUCGGCUGCGCACCGGGCCUACGCUCAUUCUGGCUUGCUUUGUCCGAUAAGAAGCGGCAACGUUCUGAAUUUCAAUCUAGGCGAGAAAAAUCAGAUACAAUUGAAACGGUUUCAUCGCCAAGAGAGUUUAAAAACCUUCGGGAAGUACCCUUGAUAUAUUAUUCCGGCAAUAAAUACUACUAUAAACACUUGAAACAUUUACACCUUCCAUCUUCUACUCGGAGGGAUACGGAUCAGCUCACCCCUUUAACCCCUAUUCACCAAUCCACCAUGGUACUUCAACAAAGCUCGGACGAUACACCCUGUUUCUAUGCAAAGCACGACGGAUACUGGGGAGGUACUGCAUACGAAAGUAGAAAAUAG